CUGGCUCCCGGACACCCACACCCACCCUGCUUUGCGGUUGACAGAUCCCGGAGUCGAAGCGGUCGGAGGCCGUAAAGGCUGUGCCUGCCGGAAAGAGUGUGUUGGGACGCAUCUGUGUGUGAGGGAUUCCAGAAGGAAGGGAGCCGGCGGCUACGCGACUGCGUGAUGUGACUGACACCCACUCGAGGGGGCCGCCUCUUCCACCGCAGCUUAGGCCCGAGGAGGGGGAUGGGCCCGACUGGCAGUUUAGGGAGGGAGGCAAACCACUUGGUUCUGAGAGGGGCGGCUCUUCAACAAGACUGGAAAUUACCUGAAGCAAUUCCUGGGUAUGUUAUGUAUAAAAGUGGAUGCUUUCCAUAAUAAAUGAAAAUGGCCAACUCUUUAAGAGGAGAAGUACUGAAUCUUUAUAAAAAUCUGCUGUAUCUUGGACGAGACUAUCCAAAAGGAGCAGACUAUUUUAAAAGGCGUCUGAAGAAUGUUUUCCUUAAAAACAAAGAUGUGAAGGACCCAGAGAAGAUCAAAGAACUUAUUGGACGGGGUGAAUUUGUAAUGAAAGAGCUAGAAGCCUUAUACUUCCUUAGGAAAUACAGAGCAAUGAAACAACGCUAUUAUUCAGAUACCAACAAAACUAACUGAUCACUUUUACUAUAAUUUGACUGGAAUUCAGUGCCAGCUGAUUAUGUAUAACAGUUAUGAUAAAAGUAACUGUAACUUAAAAUGGCAAGAUAUAGUUAUGUAAAAAAUACCUGAGCUGCCUUAUUGAAUUAAUGGGUUUCAGCUUCUGUUCACAGAAAGCUUUAUUUUAUCAACAACCCUUUAUGUUUAAUUUUUAUAGAAAAUCAGCAAUAUAGCCAACUAUACCAAUUAAAAAUUAAUGGAUACUCAAUUUUGAAUGAAAAUACAGUGUACUUAUUUUAACUCAGUAAGCUUUUACCAAUUAUUCUUAGCCCAUUUCUCCAUUUCACUGAGUAGAGAAUACUACUUAAUGCAUUUAGUUAAAGCAAAAUAAUUUCCUGCACAUUGAUUUCCCUUAACUUUUGAAGGAGUACCACCUUACUUUUGAUCCUAUUUGUUACAUUAAUAGCACACAUUCAAGGUUCACUACAAAACAAAUAGCACGUGGUAAUGAUUUAAGUGCAGUUACAGAAAUAACAUAUAUGGAGUAAGAUAAUUUCUGAUCUUGAAGUAGGCUGCCAGUGAUUGGCAUUACAUACAUACCUAUGUAGUACCUUCCAUUAUUAAUUUUGCUGCUGGCUACCUUUGGGUCUUAAAUCACCUGUAUCAGUUACCUUUGUGUAUUAAUUACCUUUACUGAUAAAAAGUAAUAAAUAAUGUUCUGUUCUUUCAUCAUAAA